AUGUCCAGCGGCGCUUCGUCCUCGAACAACAACACCAACAGAGAAGCUUUUUCCUCCAAGCCGCGAGACAUCAAUUCCAACCCCCCCAACAAGAAUGCUGACGCAUCAUCCAAAUUCUCAUCGUCCCCGAAAACGUUCGCGGAAAAGUUCGCGAUGUCUUUAGACGACGUCUCCUUCGUCGACGGCGAAGACGCGUACGGCGACGCACCGUUUAUGCGAGACGCAAUGGUCCAUCGCCCAUCGCCGAAGAAACGUGCGAGUUUAGACAUCGAUGCGGUGAAAGCGAAGAGGGACGAAGAGUUGACCAUUUAUGGCUUUUCCAAACCUCCUCAAGAGGGGCAGUCGAAGUCGUCUUCGGUGCGCUCGUCGUUUGACGAUUUUUUCUACGGGAGCAGAGUGCCGAAAGCGGAAGAAGGUGAGCAGCGGGGACAUGUUUUGAACAACAACCGAAGAGCGGCGUCGGUGGAUUUACCGCACCCGCAGUGGGAACACAAGAUUAUAAGGGAGUUGCACAGGAAGGAACUGGCGAGGGAUCACCCCGAGGCGAAGUUUCGAAGCGAAAAGUAA